AUGGCUACUCCAAAGAGCUUCCCCAUCAAGGUAGUGAGGUGUGAACCUGGAUUUGCAAAAGUAGCAGCGGCCUUCAAGGCCAACUUUGAUGAUGGAGACGAAAUCGGAAGCUCCCUAGUCAUAUAUUAUCAAGGUCGAAAGGUGGUCGAGCUUUACGGAGGCUAUACUGAUUACGACGAGUCAACACUCAACGUUGUUUUCUCAAGUGGCAAGACCGUCGAGUCGAUCGUCGCAGCAUAUCUAGUAUCUACAGGAAAACUCGACUAUGAAGCGUUGGUCUCCGCUUACUGGCCCGAGUUUGGCCGAUACGACAAGGAGAACGUCAAGGUUAAGGAUGUUUUAGGUCAUCGAGGCGGCCUAAGUUGGUUUGAUGCCAGACAUCGUCCCAGAGUAGAAGACUGGCAAGACUUGGAACUGAUGGCUCAUUUAAUUGCCGAACAACCUCACAACUUUGCUGGAAUCACCACGUACAGUUAUCACGCUGCAACCCGAGGCUGGGUGUUAAAUGAAAUCUUUCGACGCGUAUCUGGCAACAAGUCUUUUGGAGUUCUGGUCAACGAACUUUUUACACCUUAUGGGGUUGAGUUUUAUUGUGGAACUCCAGACUCGGUCGAGUCAUCUAAAAGGAUAUGUGAUAUCGUGCCCUGGCCUUACGGAAGGGAAGGAUUAAAGCCGCAACCAGCAGCAAAGGAGCUCCCGGCAUCAACAGUUGCGAUAUCGGCAAAUGUGGGCCGCGUCACCGUGGGAGUUACAGAAAUGAUUCCAGUGGUGAAUACUCGAGUUGGAAGAAAAGGACAAGCUCCAUCUUUCAAUUGCGUCACCAAUGCGAACGGAUUAGCUACCAUCGCUGCGAUUAUGGCCGGUGGUGGCUCCUUGAACGGAGAAAGAUUGAUCUCUGUUGAAGCAAUGAAGAAGGCUGAUGUGGAGCAAGAGUUAAUGACUGAUGUUAACUCCAACUUUGAAAUUCGGUUAACGAACGCCGGCUAUGCACACUGGCCUGAGCAGACUCAACCAUGGUUCCCAAAUGGCAAAGGAUCCAACAGAAGAGCCAAUUGGUGCUGGAGUGGUUGGAUGGGAUUAGGUGGAUCUGUCUGCCAAUGGGAUCAAAACCACAACGUCUCCAUGGGCUUUGUCAUGAACGGUGCACACCCAUCCGCGGCAGGAGAUCGUCGUACUCAAAGAAUCAGAGCUGCACUAUGUGAUGCGGUUGAUGCUUUGACGGUUAGUCCUAGUCAAAAGUUGUAA